AUGGCACAAAUUGGCCCACUACGACAAGACAUCGUCGAAUAUAUUCGACAAAGUUGCCAAGAAGAGGAUCUCCAUCCUCCAGUUCCAAGAGAAUAUGGAGAUAUCCCUGUCUCAUAUGAAUCUAUAACUAAACAAUGGCUGACCGCGACUUUGGCCCGGGACGCUUUCGCAUCAACUGUCAAGAGCUUCAGGCUAGGUCCAAAAGAUAACGGGUCAGCAAAUCGACGCCGCAUCGAGAUCGAAUGGGAUGGCCCUCGAGCACCAGAGCUCCCCACUUCGGUCUUCUGCAAGGCAGCUCACUCGGCGGAAAAUCGUAUUGUCCUAGCUGCAGGGGGCACUUACAGUGAGGUCUUCUUCUACAAUCACAUACGACCUCAGCUCAAUAUCGAAGCGCCAUGGGCGUAUUUUGCCGGUUACAACCCAAAGUCAUGGGCUGCCAUGGUGAUCUUAAAAGACAUGGGUGGUGAGACCACGUUCUGCAAUUACAAGACCAGCUUGACCAAGUCUCAGUUCGCCGAGCAGGUUCAAAUGUUGGCAAAGUUACAUGGGCAGUACUAUCAAUCUCAGAAUUCUGACUUUGAGCGGUUGCUCCACUAUAAAGACCGGAUCAGUAACCUCAUAGCGGUUGGGCUUGAGAACAUGUGCGUCAAUGGAUUCAGGGCUGCAGAGUCAGUAAUUCCCUCGCGCCUAUUUGCGAGACAAAAUGAAAUUUGGCCUUGCACGCUCAAGUCAGUUGAGCGCAAUGCUGCGCUUCCGCCGACGGUGGUUCAUGGGGAUGUCCAUCUUGGUAAUUGGUAUAUAACACCCAAUGGACAAAUGGGCUUGACAGACUGGCAGACAGUAGCCAGAGGACACUGGUCCCGUGACCUCGCGUACGUCCUUAGUACAGCUGUAGGUGUCGAGAAGCGUCGCCAGUGGGAGCAUGAAAUGGUUAAGAUGUAUGUGUCAGAGCUCGGGAAGCAUGGGGGUCCCAAGCUUAAUGCCCAGGAAGUAUGGCUUGAACUGCGAAGACAGUUAUUCGGUGUACUAGCUUACUGGACGCUUACUCUUACGCCCGGUGAGAAUCUGCCUGACAUGCAGACGGAAGAGGCGUGCCUAUGUUUUAUUGGGCGCAUAUGUACAAUGAUGGACGAUCACGAUGUGCUUGACGCUUUUUGA